AUGGCUGCUUUAAAAUCAAUCAAAAGACAAAAAACAUCAACUAAAAAUACACGAUGUUUUUAUUGCCGAGAACAUGAAAUAAAAUAUGAAAAAUCAUUAGAAAACCCUAAGAUUUGUAAAAACUGCUACAAAAAGAAUCUUCCGAAUUGUAUUCAUGUCAAACCUUCAUAUUAUUCUGAAGAGAUCAAAAGGCUAAAUUCUGUAGUAAAUAAUCAUGUAUCAAGAAUUUUAUUAUUAGAAAAACAA